AAAGAAAAGAAGAAGAGCAUCCUGAAUGAUUCCCGGACCUCUGCAGUUGUCGUCGGUAACGUGAAGAGAUACACGCUAUAUUCCGCAAAGAAUUGGAAUUACAAGAUGGGAGAUCAGGUGAAUAACUUCCCUCCCAUCCCUCAGUUCAUGAGAAUAAAGCCGUGCUUCUACCACAACAUUGAAGAGGAAAUUCCUGAACCCCACCAGCAGUUGUUGCGCAGAAUCUACACACUAUGGAUGAUGUAUUCGGGCACGCUGUGUUUAAAUGUGAUCUCAUGUAUCGCUUGGUGGGCUGGGGGUGGAAAUGCCAUGAACUUCGGCUUUUCCCUCCUCUGGCUCAUCCUCUUCAGCCCGUGCAGUUACACCUGUUGGUUUCGACCAAUCUACAAAGCCUUCAGGGCCGAUAGCUCGUUCAACUUCAUGGCCUUCUUCUUCAUCUUCUUCCUCCAGUGUGUCUUGGCCCUCAUCCAGACUAUCGGCAUACCUGGCUGGGGAACAAGCGGCUGGAUUGUGACAGUGAUGUUUUUCAGCCAGAAUCUGGGCUCUGCUAUAGUGAUGCUUAUGACAACUCUGCUCUUCACUGUGGUCACCGCUUUAAUGGCACUGGUUCUCAUCAAGGUGCACAGAAUGUACCGCGGCGGCGGUGGCAGCAUGAAGCACGCUCAGGAAGAGUGGAGCACCGGGUUGUGGAAGAGCGCACCGGUGAGACAAGCGGGGUUCAACGCUGUGGCUCAGUCGGCCCAAGGCCCCAGCUUGCCCCAGUACCCGGCCGCGGUGCCCAGCUAUCCCGACAACAGUCACUGGUGAUAGCUGAGAGUUGCAUCUAGGUGGAGACAGACAGCCGGUCGCCUCUGCACAGCAACGCAACUCAGCACCAUAUCAUCUUACCCGUACCUGACAAAAUGCAUGGGUAUAUAUAUUAUUAUUAUUUUUGAAUGAGAAGAUAAGAUUGCUUUAAAAUAAUGUUUUAUCAAAUAGUUUUGUCAUAUCUUCUAAUGAUGCCAUUCCAUUUCCACUUUUGUUUACAUCUAGUUUAUUUAAAUGAAUGAGAGACACUUUUAUGCUCAAAAGUCUUGCAAUUAUGCAAUUGGAAUAUCAAAAAUAGUGCAAACUGUUAAGGAUAGCGGUAUAAGAAAGAUGUGUGCCUUAUGGAUCUUUAUGAUAGUUUUAUGAAAUGCCAAAUCUGCAUGAUAGGAAUCAUAGUGUGCCAAACAACGGAGUUUUUUUCUUUUCUUUCCCUUUUGUAACAAGAGCACGUCUGAGAACUGCACGAUUUGUAUUCUUAGUUAUUUUCUGUGUACUAUUCUGUCAGGAGUUCAGUUUAUUUUUGAUACGCUGUGCUUGAAUUCUCCAUGCUCGCCUGCUUUGGCUGUGAUAUCUUGAAAUGCGCCUUAAUAUUGCGUGCAGAUGAUUUUGUAUGUUAAAAAUAUCUUGCUUGACUUUCACCUUAACAAGCGCUGCCUUUAGUUGUUGUUGUUGCUGAACUGGACUUGUGCUUCAGUGAAGCAACGAUUAGAAACAUUUCAAAAGCUGUUGUUGGUGCGUAAUCCUCCCCUGUGAUUUCUCACGGAGCACUAAUUUGCCAAAACACAUUUUUUCCAUUAUUUUGAUGCUGUAAAAAAAAAAAAAAAAAAAAGGUCGCACCCAAAAGUAGAUGUUGUGUUCUCAGUUUGUGCAUUUCCAAAGCUGCACUGUUUGCUUUUAGUGGUUUAGCGCCCUGCAGUGACAGAACCUUAUCUGCUAUUACCAAGGUUCCGGUCACUUUCACUUUCCUCACAUGGACUGAAUUUCUGUGUCUGGGUGACUGCAGCAUGGUUGUUGCAUGCAGCCGAUCAUAGGAGUUGGACUGAACAGGAUUCUCUUAUUUUCAAUGAAGUGACCUCAUGUAACCGAUAUACAAAUGGACUGGAAAGCGGUGAAAUUAAAUCUUGCAUGUAAUUGUAGUCACAGUGUGUUUAAAUACAGUCUGGUACUUCUGGGCUGAUUCACUGUCAUUCUAACAAACAUCGGUAAAGAUUAAACCCAGUGACUGUGGCUUUGUAUGAAGAUAAUCAAGAAGUUGAGCUACUUUUAUUUUGGCUCAAUGACACAAAAAGUAGUUUACGGACUAACUGGAAGUAAAAGGUGCCUGCAGCCUCAUCGUUUGACUUGUUUUUCUUUUCUUGAUACGAAAGUGUCCUUCGUGGCCAACGGCCAAGAUUAGUAUUUUGAAAAUGGAUAUGUUAAAGUGACCUGUAAAUAUUGCACUAUUUCAAUAAAUAUUCUUAUUCGCA